AUGGCGCCUAAGAAGCUCACUGACUGUCCGGAGAAUCUCCGUGAGUCCAUCGACUGGCUCAUACAGGUUAGGCAUGGAGGUGAUGGUAACGGUCUUGAGCAUUUGGGCAAAGCUUUGAAGAAGCUUAUUGACGAGGCUAUUGAAAAUGCUUAUACAACUAAUGUCGAUGCGCUUCUCAAGCUCCUCAAGUCUGCCAAGUCUUACACGUGUUGUGAGGAUAAAGUGACUAAAAUCGAGACACUUAAGAAAUCCGAAAAAGCUGCUGAAAACAGAUUUGAUGAGAUUAAGAAUAACUGUGAAAGCAUAAGAGGUUGCUCAAAAAAACACCUUGACUCUUCCCAACAAAAAUCCUUUGGUGAGAUUGAGUCCAAGUUGGAUCAGCUUAAAAAUCUUAAAGAGAGUCUUAAAGGCAUCACUGAUGAAACGAAUUGCAAAGAACUUCUGACAAAUUUAUGUGAUGGUUUGGAAACCUUCCUCGGCUUCAAUCCAUCUUCCAAAGGUUACACUGGCCAGGGCAUCGUGUACGGAGAUCUUGACAGGUUAUGCGACGGGGUGAUGGCGUUCUUUCUGGGCGUGUUGGAGAGUGUUAAGGAUGAUGACGACGUUAUGACAUACGACUCCAAUAACAGUAUGACAAAGCUUAUAGACACUUUAAAAGGGAAUAUACGUAAAGGUAAUGUCUGUUUCAAUGAUUCCAUGAUCAAGGUGUCGACGUGGUUGAGCAGCCACGGUGAGGAAUUGGGGCUGAGAACUGGUAAUGUGGUUACUGCAUUACGUUCACUAAGCGGCGAUAUAGACACCAAUAUUAAGAGUGUUAAGAAUGUUAAUACAUCCCCUGUUAAGUUUGACCAGACCGUUUCCGAUUGGAUUAGGACAGUGUUGGGUGAAUUGAAAAAACAUCUUGCAUUAACUAACAAGUACAUUUGCGGGCUUGAUGAGUCUUUGAAAAUUAAGUUAAAAACUGACUUUGAUCAAAUCUCCACGGAGGUUCAUCGUCUGCGGACGAGUGCUGAUAGAGACGUGGACCAGCUUAGGAAGUUGGGUAAGAUAUUGGAUAGUCGGCUUGAAUCGCUACGAAUCAACAUUGACAAAGCGGUGGCAAAACAAGUUAAAAAAUUUCACCACUUAAUGACGGAACACAUUGACAUAAUUCAUGGACAAAUUCACAAAAUUGAUAAAAUUCUUAAGGAGUAUGUCAGCGGGUUGGAGGUGUGGAUACGAGAAUCGGAGAGGAUUUUGACGAACACUUUGGAUAAAAUUGAAACGAUAUUGGAUUGUGUAAAGGAUGGGCGUAAUGGAAAUAAAGGAGCAGGCAAAACAACCCUCAUCACUGAUAAAUCCACUGAGAUGAAAAAGAAUGCGGAUGCAUUGUGUGGUGCGUAUCAGAAGGUCAAGGAGGAUGUUCAGGCACAAGCUCUAAAAGCAGUUGCUGAGAUUGGUGGAUUGGAAAACGUAUAUAAAAAUAAGCUCAAUGAGAUGAAGAGUAAAAUUGAUAGUGCGGUAACGGAUGCUGCGGCGGGAGUAAAGGGAUUGCAUAAGGAAGUUGAAAAAGGGUUAGAAGUCUUGCGAUCUACGACGAUAGAUAGACCGAUUCAGGCGGUAAUUCGAAAGCUUAAGGAGGGUAUUGGGGGAGCUAGUCGGGCUGAUAUGGCCAUUUCUAUUGUUCAAGAUUUUUAUCUUGGUCUUGGAGGUUCGGAUGAUGCUCCAAAGCUGUAUGAAUGGUCUAAUAAUGUUAUGGCUGGCGGUGACCUCAAUAAUGCCAUAAAGGAAUUGCAGCAAAAUGAUAUCGCAUUCAAAAGUUUCAAAGCAGUAUUAACGCAGCUGGGGACCUUUCGAGCUGGUGUUGGUGGUGCGUACGGCAAAACGUUCUUCGAUGUUCUAGAGAGCGACCUUAAAGCACAAGUGAAAGCGGCUAUAGGCCAAAUUAAACACGCUACAGGGCAACUCAAUCUAUUCUUCUCUGCUUUCCAUACGCAGAUAACAGGUAAUUCAGAUGACACAGUUCAUGGGAAAAUACAGAAGAUUAAGAAGCAGUUUGACAAUGAUUUUGAUACCAAUAUACCAGGUGAACCUAAAAUUAAGACAGAGGGAAGCAUACUGCAGGAUUACGAAGACAAAAAAGGCGCUCUUCAAACUGCGAUAAACAAAACAUACAAUGAGGCUUUCGAGGCGGCCAACACGAUGGUCACCAACAUCACCAAAAAUACUUUCUUAGGUUUACAUAGAGAAAUUACUGCUGAACUCCAAAAAAUUGCCAAUAUUGUUUCUAAUGUAUCGGUAGGUAACGACAAAGGCCUCAAAGAAAUCUUGACCGAGCUUAAAAAUACAAAAAUUAUUGCAGAUCUUACCGGAAUAAAAAAGAAUUUUGACACAUUGCGAACUAAAUUCCUGAAAGACUUGGAUACAGCAGUUGACACUUUGGUGGUAGAUACGCUUUCCAAAUUAUCCGAAUCGACAAUAGAAUCCAUAAAUCAGUAUCUGAAAGAUCAAGUAAAACAUACAAUCGACGAUAUUAAAACCGACGCCCUCAAGCGCUACGUCAUUUCUAAAACCAAUGAGCUUAAUGAGUUAAAAGAUUUUGUCGAGAAGAGGCGCAUUGCCACCCAAAAAACUAUAGAUGACGAUUUGGCGUCUGGAAUAAAAGGAUUAUUAGAUAAUAUAAGUACGUGGUUUUACAGAAAUGAUGACAUGAAAAAUGUCACCGUUUUAGUAUCCAUAGCGGAAAAAUUUAAGGACCUAAACAACCUUCUUCACAAGUAUGUUAAGUUCCAGUAUGAUGGCUUGGAAGUAGAAGACGCUAGAGAAGACGAUGUUGAUGAUGUAGAUUCGGAUUCGGCAUCGUCAUCCAUUGUUGCACCACCAGCAAUUUCCGGCGGUUACAAACCACGACCGAUAGUGCCAACAUUACCACCAAAUGAUACACGUGCACCUCAACCUGCUGGACGUGCAGGGUAUUCUGGUCCAGUUCAUUCUUCGGCAACACCCACAAGCCAAGUGUCUACCUCCCUGCACGCGCAUAAAGAUCCAAUUGCGGAAUAUUUUGUAGCACUUCAUUACUAUUGUGACGGACUUUUGUCAAAGAUCUCUGCCAAUAGGUUCACUACGUAUUUUGUAUCACAACGUAACGAAUUUGAAAAGUUCCUCAGCGCUAUGCGUCCUUUGAAUUUCUCCGGUCUUGGGAGCCCGUUGCUCGACGCCCUCAAAUCCGGCUUACAAUCGCUUCUCAUGGAACUUGGCAUGGUUUACAUUUCAUCAUACGAUGGAGCGGCGUAUGAUUUCAACUGGGCCAUUGACGGGAAUUCCGAGAAAUGCGCCAGGGUGUUACUGACCAUACUCGAAAUUCUGUAUAACGAUUUGCAUAAAUUAUGGAGGGACUGUAAGCCUGAUGGUGAGUGGAACUAUAAUAAAAUUAAUUUAAAAACGGACCUUGGAAAAUGUUUCAAGCAGUGUGGUUAUGAUGUAUCCGAAGAAGAUGAUUCACAUGAAGGACAGCUGAGAAAUAAAGAAGAGUUUAAGGGUAAACAUAUUUAUGACCAUCUCAACAACUAUAUUUCCGGAGCUUUCAGAAAUGAGCAUUUCAAAAGUUGCAAAUCAGUUAAACAAAACAACUUGAAUGUCGUGAACAGUAUUAGCUGUUUGUUUAGUCAUCUUAAAGAAUACUAUAAGGCAUCCCACGUCAAACAUAUUUAUUCACCUAGGUCACCGUGCAGUAUCUUUGACAUGAUGUGUUGGCUGACUGGCUUGCGAUUUAAUCCUAUGAAAAACAAACUUACGGAGUACAUCGCAAAAUCGUAUGAAAACGAAACCGAUAGUGAGACUAAAAAGAUGUGGUCUGACUUGUUUGCCGUACGCCUACCCGGAAUAUAUAGACCAACAUACAACGUACUUACUACUAUCCUUGGACACGGUCAUGCAGACGGUAUAUACGCCUGCGACUUUGUCAACAAUAUCUUCAAUUUGUCAUAUCCAUCCGAUCCAUCGAAGUGCUUUGACCUUCUAGUAUCAAUAUUGUAUAGAGUGUAUGAGCAGCUUUAUUUCCUGCAUCAACAAUGUAGAUAUGGCAGAACUCUGAGUGGUUGGCGUGAUUGCUGGUAUGGCAAGGGUGUCGCUGGGUCAUCAUGGCAAUGCAACAAUAAGCAAUCUCUCAACCAAGAAUGUGACCAAACAUGCAAGGAAGAUUACAACUGCGGUAUUAAAUCGCCCCUGCAAUCCUUCCUUGAAGACGGCCUACCAGGGUUCCUCCCUCAUUCCAUAACCAAGGUUGGUUGUGGAAUCACCUGUUCAAUGCCCAAGCACUCUGGCAUCCCAUGUCGGACGCCUAUGGGCUUUACAAACAUAGCUCUCAAAGCGUCGCAUACCCAAAAAGGUCAAAGUAUCUACAGUGUGCUAGAUGAUAUCUGUGGGUAUUCAGAUAAACCGCUUAGCAAAAUUUGUAGUUAUAUGCUAUGCAUAUUCCGUACGCCUCCGAAAACACUAGGUGACAUGUUUGCCUUCUACUGUAAUUUCCUCAAUGGGUGGGCACAAAAUGGUAAAAAUCAUAGGAGUUUUGCUUUCCAAAGUGCCGUCAAUGGGGCUUACUUUGGAGAAAUAUAUUCCGAUCUAGACGUCAAUUCAAUAUUCACCAACGAUAAAUCGAAUAACCAUAUCAACGGCAACUUGGCGUGCCUCAUUAGUUGUGAUCUAUCGUACACCCCUGGGCAACAAUGCGGUUCAUAUCUAAGACCAUUUUAUCGUGACAUCCGGGUUACAUUCCCUACAGAACAUAAUAGGCAAUACCUUUCGUGGGUCGUAUACCUGACGGAGACGUUCUACAAAUUGCUUAAAGAAUUGUAUGAAGAGUGUUGCGGAAAUUGUAAAGCAAAGGGUACAAUUUGCCAUGAAAAAAGCUGUUAUCAGAAUUGUCCGAUAAAAAAAUCCCCAAAUCCGUCAUCCACAUCCGAACAUGACGCUUCUUGCAAGUCCAUCGUUCACUGCACGUCUACGCUUCCCACCCUAUGCAAAUAUGGUCUCUACUUUGGAAGCGCAAAAUGGAUUGCUGGCAAAGAAAGCCACAGGGUGAAGCGGACGUGCAAUGAUUUUUGCAGCGCCUUAGCAAACGUAAUUUCGGAACAAUCUGUCCUGGCCAGAUUAGUACAUAACACAAUCCCGAAUUUCCUAUGGGCCAUCCGCGUCCCUUUCUUCCACACCACCGUCGCCCUCUGGCUCCUCUCGCUGCUGUACCUCAUCUAUGUCUGCGUGGGAAGAUUAGACCUCCUCCACAUCAAAUCGCAUUUGCACUCACCCUCAUCACAUCGCAUCGCCGCGCAAUCACUACUUGCCGCCGCGCGUAUCAACAAGCUCAACAAAGUGCUGUACCUGCAACCUUGA